ACCACCCCCCGCCUUCAUGUCUGUUUCGAGGAGUCGCUUUUAUUGAGAAAAACAUCAAUAUUUACGGAUUUGUAUGAUUUAUUUAUCGAAUUUGUGUGAAAUUGUGUGUGUAAAAGAUGGAUAAAUGUGGGAUAUGUUCAAAACCAGUGGUUCAAUUAUUUGAAACUGGCAAAGAUGGUGUGUACGCCUGCUUUAAAUGCCAGCCAUUGGUGCCAGAGGUCACUAUUGGAGACAAUGUUCCGCAGGAUAAUAAAGAUGAGGAAAGCUCAGAAAGCCUUCUAUAUUGCGACAUAUGUCACAAGACAUUCAACAAGAAUGCUCAACUGCUGAACCAUCUGCGUAACCAUCGUGCUGAGCGGCGGUUCGUCUGCAUGUACUGCAAUAAAGCUUUCUCCCAAUCGAACAACCUGAGAGCUCAUCUACGAAUCCACACCAAUGAGCGACCCUACAAAUGCGGGGAGUGUGGGAAAGCUUUCACACAGGUAACAAAUUUGAACAACCACGUACGUCUCCACACCGGCGAGCGCCCGUUUGUAUGUCCCGAGCCGGGUUGUAACAAGGCUUAUGCCCAGGUGACGAAUCUGAACCAGCACCGCAAGCGGCACCUGAACGGUCGGCCUGUAGAGAGUUCAUACGAGUGCAACAUCUGCGGGGAACAGUUUCAACAGAGAAACCACAUGUACAAUCACAGGUGUGUACCACGCGAUGUCCACGCCGUCGUGCACAAGCGGCCCGCCAUUGUGCGCAGUCGCAGCCCACCGCGCGGCCACGUCUGCAAGCUGUGCGACUUGACCUUCCCCAACGAGCGAUUGUUGCAGCAACACGUUCAGCGACACGUCGCCAACACUGACUCUCACAGCGAGUCUGGUAAGUACCGUUGAACUAUGAAACACUACGUAACGAACUGCUGGUCUGCCACGCAGAGGUCCCGGGUUCGAUUCCCGGGUCGGGGGAAAUAUUUCUAUGGCCUACAUUUGUUUUACUGUAUCCGAUUCAUAUUCGUUCUAAAACCGAGACUAUACAAAUGUAGAAAAUUCGGACCCCCUUCGGAUGUCGCUUGUGCACUAAGGAUUAGA